AUGCAUGCGAACAUACCCGCUGCAAGCGUGCUCGCUCUUCGACUGCAGUCAAAACCUCUGGUGAUGUGUUAUAUUCAGGGAGCAGCAUGGAUGUUCUUGUUGGUUGUCUGUGAAUAUUUGAUAACUGAUGUGAUGCUGGGCAAGAAAAAGUACGCAUUCAACGAUGCGAUCACAUCGAUGAAUAUAGGAUUGCUGUUCCUCCUCAUCAAGAGCGGAGGUCGCUUUCUUGCAGCUUCAUUCUAUCCGAUGGUGUACAAUCGACUGCGACUCAUAGAUCUUCCAGACAACUCUGCUUUCACGUGGUUACUGUGCCUUUUCACACAGGAUUUCGUCUAUUAUCUCGGUCAUCGAGCUAUACAUGGUAAGCUUAGCUUGUGGGAGAGGUGUUGCACAGCAUUCUCCGCAAUAUGGAUAUUCUGGUCCUUUCAUCAAAUUCAUCAUUCCUCUGAGUACUACAACUUUACUACUGCUGCACGGAUGGGAGCCAUUCAGGACGUUGCAAUGACGUUUUUCGACCUGCUUCAAGCCGUUGCCAUCCCACCUAACGUAUUUAUAGUUCACCGCUACCUGGUUAUCCUCUUCCAAUUCUGGCUUCACGCCAGUUCUGAAACCAUUUUCUAUUUCAUUUUCAUAAUUGCUCAGAAAUUAUGUCCAGAAGGCGCAUACAGUUUCACUCGACUUUUUGGCACAUACGCAGCGGAGCGCAUGGACGAGGAGAUCGCGUUCGGACUUGUUACCCCAGUGAAAUCAUUUGAUCUCAUGUGGUGUGAGUUCUUCGAAUUCAAGGCUAUGGGCUACGAUAAAGGUCAGAUGAGGAACGAGGAAAACGAGGAGAUUUUUCCAGGUUCAUGGAAUAAGAUGAAGGCUGCUCUCUGGCCGCCAGCUUACCUUCCAGGAAUGAAAACAAAACGGUUCUUUUUAUGGCUAUCUCUACAGGAUCAUACAGAUGGAGUUCCUGAGGUCGAGAGUCCUAUUGUUCGUUAUAACCCUCCUCUAGCAGUCCCCAUUCGCUGCUAUCUGCUAGCACAAUGGCUGUUUCUUCUGAUUUGCUUUCUGCAAUUCGUUAUCAUCCGCUCGUUUCUAGACUGGACUGAAUUCCUAUGCCGACUCGCUUUUCCAGUCAUGUACAUACAAAUGUUUGGCUACUAUUUCGACCACAAACGCUUUUCACUGAUCUUUGACUCGACACGGCUGAUGUUUACAGUACUGUUGGGAUUCUUCUUGGACGACUCCUCGAUGAUCACCUAUGGUUUUGCAUCAUUGGCAGUUGUCUCUUUGCUCGACUCAGCCGGCAAAAAGUGUGUAUCAUGCUCCCAAAAAGGAGAAGUUUGCUCAUUAUCAUCCUAUUGA